ACUCGAUUGUUUAGCGCUGUUUGGCGCACCGACACCAUUGUAUUUAUUGGUACUUGCUCAGCGCAAGCUGUAAAGAUUAAAAACGAGUUUUCUUUAACUUGAAGGACCCUUUCUGGGGUUUGAAAUAUCAAUUCAGAUUAAUAGAUAGUUUUGUGUAAAAAGCCGGUUUGAAAACCAAGUUACAAGAUGACGAUCGGCAAAAACAAUAAGAUGAUCCAGCUUCUGAACUACCGGGUGCGGAUCGUUCUACAGGAUUCUCGUACGUUUAUUGGAACAUUUAAAGCAUUUGACAAGCACAUGAAUCUUAUCCUUGGAGAUUGCGAAGAAUUUCGUAAAAUCAAGCCUAAAAACACCAAGCUGCCGGAGAGAGAGGAAAAACGAGUGCUAGGAUUUGUGCUGUUACGCGGCGGAAACAUAGUUUCCCUAACCGUCGAGGGCCCACCACCACCAGAGGAAGGUUUGCCACGCGUUCCAAUCCCUGGAGGAGCACCUGGCCCCGGCAUGGGUCGUGUUGCCGGUCGAGGUAUGCCCGCUAACAUCAGUGGCGUUCCUGCCGGGUUACAAGGUCCAGUGCGUGGUGUUGGAGGCCCAUCGCAACAACAUAUGGCCCCGGUUGGGCGCGGAGGUCAAGUUUCUGCACCACCCCAGAUGCGGCCAAUGAUGCCUGGAGGACCACCACCAGGCAUGAUGCCUGGUCCGGGAGGGCUAAAUCCGAUGGCGGGAAUGGCUCGGGGUGCACCGCCACCGCUGCGAGGGCCCCCGCCUGGUAUGAUGCGAGGUGGACCUCCUCCAAGGCCCUAUUAAGUAAGCAAAUGGGUUCGGGAAACCUAGGACUAGCACGCGACUGGAAAAAUGCGAAAUGUGUUCAAUGAUAAGGAUCGGAGUUUGAGCUUUAUGCAUUUAAUUGUAAUCAAAUCCUUUUUCAUUGUAAUUGAUUGAUAUACUGUGUAAACUCAAUAAACUGUUGUACUUGAGGUACAAAUAUAUUAAUAACUCA